AUGACGAAAAAAUUGAGGUCAUCGAGGUCAUAUGACAUCGAUUUUCAAGUUGCUGCCGAAGCCUCGUCAGCAUCGUUCAAGGCUAUCGAUUACGCGUUCGAUCUCUGUUCGCGAUUCAACAUUCCAUAUUCACUCAAAAUUAUUUAUGUGGUCGCGUUGAAUCCUGAAAUGAAUGUUCCUUUUCUGUAUAAUCUGGAUCGAGCAAAUAACCUUGACAUAUUGAUGGAUGCUAAAGAAUCAGCGAAUAAGAUCAAGGAAUAUAUAGACCGAAUACAGUAUAAUCAACAGGGUCACGGGUUGGUAAGUGAACUGAUCAAAGAUUACGUUGAGAAGUGUGAGCCUAAUUUGAAUAUGUUGGUUGUUGGGUCACGGAAUUUGGAAGGAUUGAAAAAGGCGAACGUUCAGAAGUCAGAACCAACCACAACCAACACACAAAUACAACAAAAUUUAGAAAACUUUAAUCUGACCAGUACUUACAAUAAAAUUGUUCAACGAUAUUCAAAUUGCCAAGGACGGGAUGCUAUUCCCGAUUCGUAUACGAAAGCUUUUAACAAUCAGAUGCUUGCACCCAUUCGGAAUCUGACUGGGCUGACCAAGAAAGAAGAGAAGAAUGGCUCUGAUAAAAUAUCUACUAGGCAAAAAUAUAAAAAUAUGAGAUACAUGAAGAUAUCGGAAUUAGAACCAGAAAAGAAAUUCGAUGUCAGUUCGUUGAAUGAAUUAUUAACGCCGUUUCGAACGGAUGCUAAAUUGAAGCAGGAUGAUUUCAAUCCAUCAGAAGAAGGAUACUAUCUCAUAAACGAACUACAAGAUUCCCUAGAACGUCAGCAAGCGAAAGCAGCUAAAGCUAAUGUGAUAAGGCUUACACCAACGAAUCGUUCCGAUAAACCAAAGACGGGGGUGGUGACUAUUCGGAAGAGCAAUGGGACAGCCGCAACAAACCGAAAUGGUGCCACUACAUCAUCAUCCACAACAACUAUCAAUAGCUCACAAAGUACAAAUGUUGCUAGAAUCACGGUUUCGCCUACAUCUACUAGCACGCGGAUAACGAUACCUGCUACACGCAUUAAUAAUAUAGCGGAAAGUAAUGAGAUUAGGAACAAAAAAGUUUGUUUCUUUAUAUAUUGA